AUGCUGGACGGGCUGAAGAUGGAGGAGAGUUUGCAGAGCGCCCUGGACCCCGCGGCCCCCUUCUCCUCCCUGCUGGGCAGAGCCGCGACCCCCAAGUCGGUGUGCGAAGGGUGCCAGCGAGUUAUUUCGGACCGGUUCCUGCUGCGCCUGAACGACAGCCUGUGGCAUGAGCAGUGCGUCCAGUGCGCCGCCUGCAAGGAGCCCCUGCAGACCACCUGCUUCUAUCGCGACAAGAAGCUCUACUGCAAGCUGGACUACGAGAAGCUCUUCGCGGUGAAGUGCGCCGGGUGCCUGGAGGCCAUCGCACCCAGCGAGCUGGUGAUGCGCGCCCAGAAGAGUGUCUACCACCUGCGCUGUUUCUGCUGCUGCGUCUGCGAGCGGCGCCUGCAGAAGGGCGACGAGUUUGUGCUGAAGGAGGGGCAGCUCCUCUGUAAGGGCGACUACGAGAAGGAGCGGGAGCUGCUGAGCUUGGUGAGCCCGGCUCUGUCGGAUUCUGGCAAAAGUGACGAUGAGGAUAGCAUCUGCAAACUGGGCCAAGCCUCAGGGAAGGGUGCCGAGGACGGGAAGGAUCACAAGCGGCCCAAGAGACCCCGGACGAUCCUGACCACGCAGCAGCGGAGGGCAUUCAAGGCAUCGUUUGAGGUCUCCUCCAAGCCCUGCAGGAAGGUGCGGGAGACACUGGCGGCUGAGACGGGGCUGAGUGUCCGCGUGGUGCAGGUCUGGUUCCAGAACCAGCGAGCAAAGAUGAAGAAGCUUGCCAGGAGGCAGCAGCAGCAGCAGCAGGAUCAGCAAAACACGCAGCGCCUGAGCUCAGCCCAGACAAACAGCGGUGGCAGCACGGGGCUGGAGGGGAUGCUGAACCCCUACACCACUCUGCCUCCGCCCCAGCAGCUGCUGGGCAUGGAGCAAAGCGUCUACAGCUCCGACCCCUUCCGGCAAGGUCUCACCCCGCCGCAGAUGCCUGGAGACCACAUGCACCCCUACGGUGCCGAGCCCCUCUUCCACGACUUGGAUAGCGAUGAUACCUCACUGAGCAACCUGGGCGACUGCUUCCUUGCCACGGCGGACGCGGGGCCGCUCCAGGCACGAGUGGGGAACCCCAUUGACCACCUCUACUCCAUGCAGAACUCCUACUUCACCUCCUGA